CGCGCGCAGCAGCGUGUGCGCAUGUGUUUGUUGUUGGGAUGUUGUAGCGGCGCAGCUCCUCCGCAUCAGUGCACGGGUUUGAUGUGCGGCUGCACGAAGAACAAGAACAAAUAGAGGAUUCUCAUAAUAAAAGCUGCAGAUCGGAGAAAUCCGACAACACCAGGUGACAUCAUGAGCAAAGUGCAGGGCGGGAUGAAAUGCGUGAAAUAUCUGCUCUUCGUUUUCAACUUCAUCUUUUGGCUGUCGGGGUUGUUGGUGCUGGCUGUGGGACUCUGGCUCAGGUUUGACCCGGAGACAGUGGAGCUCCUGAUGGGCGAGGGAGCCCCCGACACCUUCUUUAUAGCCGUGUACAUCCUUCUUGGUGCAGGAGGGUUGAUGAUGGUCGUUGGGUUCUUCGGAUGUUUUGGGGCCGUGCGUGAGUCUCAGUGUCUUCUGGCGUCGUUCUUCGCUUGCCUCCUGAUAAUCUUUGGUGCUGAGAUCGCCGCUGGUGUGUUUGGAUUCAUAAACAAGGAACAGAUUGUUGAGGAGGUCCAGAAGUUUUACAGCAGCUCCAUUACUGACACCACCAACGUGAACGGCACGGCCAUCGCACUGAUUUACCACAAAACUUUAAACUGCUGCGGAGGUUCCAUGUCAGAAGUGUCUAAUGACCUCUGUGCAGAUGCUCCAAGUGACACCCAGGACUGUCUGUCUGCAAUCACAGACUUCUUCAAUGACAAGCUGCACAUCAUCGGAUACAUCGGCAUCGGUGUCGCAGGUGUAAUGAUCUUAGGGAUGAUCUUCAGCAUGGUUCUGUGUUGUGCCAUCAGGAACAGCAGGGAGGUUAUAUAGAUGUCCGUCCUGAUCUGGUCGGGAGGUUUACUGUAUAUUCACAAAUUCAAGUCCAGCACAUCCCAGCUGUCCCAGAUCUUCCCGUUCAACACCACACACGCUGGAUCGACACCUUCACACCUUCGUCUCCUCCUCAGCUACGCCGGCACUGAGAUUUUUUUUACUUCCCUUUUUCUCUUCCGUAACACACUGCUUUUGACACGACUCUGUGACAUUCCCUUGUUACUACACUGUUGCUGCACCACAGCCACAGCGCAGCACACAAAGCCGACUCUGACAGGAAUGUUGUGUAUUUGCUGUAAAUAUGGACACCAGUUCUGUGCACCUGCUGUUAACAUUAUUUUUUCUGUGCCCUUUGUAUGUUUUUAUGCCAUUUAAAGGCCUUUAAUGCCAGUCAUAUGUUUGUGUGCUUAAAUGUUUGGAGGACGAGUCAUCCUUUGCUGAUCCAAUUUCCAUCAUGUGCCUAUUGUCUCACACACACACACGCACACACAAGCCUCCAGUGACUGUACUAUUUGCCUGUUCCAUGUGAUCUGCGAACAUAACAACUUGUGCUUGCUCUGUGCCACUGAUCUGUUGCUACUUUAAAGCACAAUAAUGGAAGUGUAGAGUUGAUAUUUCAAUAUUUAUUUUUCAAUUUGAUGAUAAACUGACUGUAAAUGUCCAAAUUCCCGUGUAAGGUCAUGAUUAACGCCUCAUCCUGUGUGAACUGUAACAGUGAGCUAGUUUGCAUUCUGUGUGUGAAUUCUUGUGGAUCUUGUUGGUGUGCCAAUAAGAUGUGAACUGUAGAGUAAUGUAGUUGAAGUCGUACUGUUUAACACAAUAAAACAACACCUGGGUGCUUUUA